AUUCAAGUGCAUCUAGAUUUCAACUAUUUGAUACAAGAUGAGGCCCAUUUUUUGUGGAAACUUUGAGUAUGACGCUCGCCAAUCUGAGUUGGAGCGCCUUUUCAGCAGAUAUGGGAAGGUUGACAGGGUAGAUAUGAAAUCAGGAAUAUCUGGAGAACCUAUUUUCUUCCUCGAUGAUGAGGUGGCAUCAUCUUUCCUGCCGAGCCUCAUCUCCUUGCCUAUUUCCAGGAGCUGAUCCGAUCAACCUUGCUCUAUGGCACUGUCCACCUGGAAUCAUUUUCCAGCAAGUCCAUUGACUUCCAUUUUCUAUGAACCUUGCCCAUCCUUCCCAUCCGGUCAUGUUCUCCAUGCCCUUGCCGCCGACAGGCUGGAGAAUAGAUGAAGAACGCACGAUCUCUUCAAUGGCCUACCACAACAGACUUACUUUGCCCUAUUAUACCAUGACAUCAUUUAGUUCUACUUCUACAUAUGAGGAUUUGCAUUUAUUUACAUGGAAGAUGAACGGGAUGCUGAGGAUGCUAUUCGUGCCCUUGAUAGGACUGAGUUUGGGAGACAGGGAAGGCGGCUUCGUGUUGAAUGGACGAAGCAAGAGCGAGGUGGCAGUAGGCGAUCAGGCAGUUCAAGAAGGUCUCCUGCAAACAUGAAGCCUACAAAAACUUUGUUUGUCAUAAACUUUGAUCCAAUCAAUACAAGGACGAGAGAUUUGGAGAGACACUUUGAACCUUAUGGGAAGAUAUCAAACGUUAGGAUUAGAAGAAAUUUUGCAUUUAUCCACUUUGAGGAUCAGGAGGAUGCUUCAAAAGCUUUAGAGGCAACUAACAUGAGUAAAUUGUUGGAUCGGAUUAUAUCCGUGGAGUAUGCUCUUCGUGAUGAUGAUGACAAAAGAAAUGGGUACAGCCCUGAGAGAAGAGGUAGAGAUAGAUCUCUGGAAAGGAGAGGCCGUGACAAUGGGCGUUCUCCAAGUCCAUAUGGAAGAGGCAGGGAGAGGGAUAGCCCUGAUUAUGGUCGUGGUUCAAGUCCAUACAACAAACUGGAAAAAAGGGGCAGUCCUAAUUAUGGAAGAGCUGAAAGCCCUGGGAAUGAAAGAGAUUCUCCGAGGCAAGAAAGGGAGUGAGUGUCAGCUUAUGCAACGCAGAUUCUACUUAAGUGUCGAAUCAAGCACUGUUAAUGAAUGUUGUGCUUUAUAUGCAUCUGUCUUGAACUAUUUGUGCUUUAGGCAGUGGACAAAAUUAUGUGUUCUGGGUUCCAAUAGUUCUGGAGCUUUUUCUUAUGGACUAGCUUGUGAUUAGUAUGGUGAAAAUUUCCAACUGCAGUACUAGUUGUGAACCAUUUUGCAUGUCUUCAUUUGCAAUGUUGGCAUGUGUAUUGAAGUGAAGCUUAGAGUGAUGCACUCAUUAUUUGAUA